AUGGAGGAUGGCAAUGAAACCACAGUUACAGAAUUUUUCCUGCGUGGCUUUCCAACUCGUCUGGAAAUACAGAUUCUUCUGUUUAUUGUUUUCCUUAUUGCGUAUGUCAUCACUGUUUCAGAAAACAUAAUGAUUAUUACGGUCAUACAGCUACAUUCCAAACUACAUAAACCCAUGUUUUUUUUCCUCAGUAACAUGUCAUUUCUGGAGAUCUGUUAUAUAUCAGUUACACUUCCCAAUCUGUUGGUAAGUACACUUUCCAAGAAUAAGAGCAUCUCUUUCUCUGGGUGCAUGGCGCAGCUCUACUUCUUCAUCUCCUUAAUGUGCACAGAGUGUGUUCUUCUGGCGGUUAUGGCAUUUGAUCGGUACGUUGCCGUUUGCCAUCCGCUGCAUUAUGUUACCAUCAUAAGCAAUAAACUCUGCAUACAGCUAGCUGCAGCUUCUUGGAUAGCUGGAUUUACUGUUAGUGUCAUCAAAGUUUAUUUUAUAUCCAGAUUGUCAUUUUGUGGCCCUAACAUCAUCAAUCACUUUUUCUGUGACAUUUCCCCUGUGCUUAAUCUGGCUUGUGAGGACAUGUCUUUGGCAGAGUUUGUGGAUUUUGUGUUGGCCUUGGUCAUUCUUCUCACACCGCUGUUUGUUACUGUUGCCUCUUACCUCUGUAUUAUUUUUACUAUCUUGAAAAUACCAACUAACACAGGAAGGCAAAAAGCUUUUUCAACCUGUGCCUCCCAUCUUACUGUGGUCACAAUAUUCUUCUCUACAACUGUCUUUAUGUAUGCACGUCCCAAAAAGGCAAAAUCUUUGGAUUAUUUCAAGCUGCUGUCCUUGUUGUAUGCGGUGUUCACUCCAAUGAUGAACCCUUUCAUUUAUUGCUUCAGGAACAAAGAGAUAUGGGGCACCCUAAAGAAAUAUUUCUGCUACAAAAUCACUCCUCCUUAA